CCACCAAUCAAUCACAUCACAUUCACCCCCGCGGUUUUGGUUUCCUUUCCAUGUCAACUUCUCCCUGCAAUUGGGACUUCUUUUUCUCCUCGAUCCCUCUGAAACCAGACAGAAAUCUUUAACCAAAACCCUAGAAAUCCCGAAUAUCCUUCCUUAACUCUCCAUCCAUGGCGCGUCGAGCCCUCCCGAUCCUCCGCCAGCUCACGGCCCGGCCCACGCCGCGCCCAAACGCCCGAUCGGUGACCUACAUGCCUCGUCCCGGCGACGGAGCGCCGCGGCCCGUAACCCUAAUCCCCGGCGACGGGAUCGGACCGCUGGUGACGAACGCGGUGGAGCAGGUGAUGGAGGCGAUGCACGCACCGGUGUACUUCGAGCGGUACGAAAUCCACGGCGACAUGAAGCGCGUCCCCGAGGAGGUCCUGGAGUCGAUCCGAAAGAACAAGGUGUGCCUCAAGGGAGGGCUGAAGACUCCUGUGGGCGGAGGUGUGAACUCGCUCAACGUCCAGCUCCGGAAGGAACUCGAUUUGUACGCCUCGCUCGUCAAUUGCUUCAACCUCCCCGGACUGCCGACGCGCCACGAGAACGUCGACAUCGUCGUCAUCAGGGAGAACACCGAGGGAGAGUACUCUGGUCUGGAGCACGAGGUCGUCCCUGGCGUCGUUGAAAGUCUUAAGGUGAUAACAAAGUUCUGCUCAGAGCGUAUAGCUAAGUAUGCCUUUGAGUACGCCUACCUGAAUAACAGAAAAAAAGUGACGGCCGUGCACAAAGCCAACAUUAUGAAACUUGCAGAUGGUUUGUUUUUAGAAUCUUGCCGGGAGGUGGCAACAAAAUAUCCCAGUAUCAAGUAUAAUGAGAUUAUUGUCGACAAUUGCUGUAUGCAACUUGUUUCCAAGCCUGAGCAGUUUGACGUUAUGGUGACUCCUAAUCUUUACGGUAACCUAGUGGCAAACACAGCAGCUGGUAUUGCUGGAGGCACUGGUGUCAUGCCAGGAGGAAACGUGGGAGCUGAUCAUGCUGUUUUUGAGCAAGGUGCUUCAGCUGGAAAUGUGGGAAAUGAAAAGUUAACGGAACAAAAGAAGGCAAAUCCAGUGGCUUUGCUCUUAUCGUCGGCCAUGAUGCUGCGGCACCUUCAGUUUCCUUCAUUUGCUGACCGGCUCGAAACGGCUGUGAAACGUGUAAUCUUAGAGGGCAAAAACCGGACGAAAGAUCUCGGCGGAACCAGUAGUACUCAAGAGGUGGUUGACGCUGUUCUUGCCAACCUAGACUGAUCGACUGGGAAAAUGUCAAAUUGUUUAUCUUCUUGGUCAUGACUUCAUGCUAUUUAUUUCCAGCUUCCUGAGUUGGUUCUUCUUGUUAGGUUAUUUACUGCGUUGCAUUUUUUUUUUUUUUUGGUUUUCCUACAACUUUUUGGGAAUAAUCCGAGUUGAUCUUAUAGUCGGUUUUGCAAAUAAACUUUGCAUAAAUCUUAAUUUUUAAGAAAUUGUAAUCAUCGAAGGCUUAUUUUUUUCUCAAAAGACAAAUUACUGUUGUCCUCUUCUUCCCGACCAUAUCCAUUUUGUGAGAUGUAUCCUUCAAUGUUCUUUCGAGUAAUACAAGGAGCAAAGCAAUAAACUUUGGCACAGCUUGUUUCCA